AUGAACUUCAAUUCUUCGGGAGCUGACAACUCGGAAACUAGGAGAGAUGGAAGCCAUAUACCUCUUGCGAUCGUGGGGUUUUCGUUUGAAUUCCCGCGAGAAGCUACGUCUGUUGCCAGUUUUUGGGAGAUGAUUUGCGAAGGUAGAACAGCAAGCUCGGAUUUCCCCUUUGAUCGCAUGAAUAUACAAGGAUAUUAUCAUCCGGACGAUAAUCGAACAAGUACGAUACCGCUCCGAGGAGGAAAUUUUCUGGAAGAAGAUUUAGGAGUGUUCGAUGCACCCUUUUUCUCCAUAACGCCAGCGGAAGCAGCAUGUAUGGAUCCACAGCAUCGUAAGAUGCUCGAGACAGCUUAUCAUGCUCUUGAGGAUGCCGGUAUUACACUGCACAAAUGCUCAGGCUCAGACACAUCGGUAUACACGGGGUGCUUCACGAAUGACUAUCUGAGUAUCCUUGAAAAGGAUUUUGAGGCGGAGCAGAAACACGCUGCUAUGGGUGUUACGCCAUCGAUGUUGGCCAACCGACUAAGUUGGUUCUUCAAUUUCAAGGGAACAUCCAUGAACUUGGACUCGGCAUGUUCAAGUAGUCUGAUCGCAUUACAUCUUGCAUGUCAGGAUCUCCGCGCUGGGACAUCAUCCAUGGCUCUGGUAGGGGGCGCCAACCUUGUUUACCACCCCGAUUUCAUGAAAAUGAUGUCAAAUGGCAAUUUUCUCUCUCCAGAUAGUCAGUCCUGGAGUUUUGACGACCGUGCAAACGGAUACUCACGUGGAGAGGGUAUUGCUGUGAUUGUCGUCAAAAGACUUUCCGAUGCCCUACGCGAUGGAGACACUAUCAGAACUAUCAUAAGACAAUCAGCUACAAACCAAGAUGGUAGAACGCCGGGAAUAACUCUCCCAAGUCAGCAAAGCCAAAUCGAGCUUAUUGAACGAACUUAUAAGGAUGCGAACCUUGAUAUGGAGCCUACGAGGUUCUUCGAGGCUCAUGGUACCGGGACCAAAGCUGGAGACCCUGUUGAAGCAAAUGCUAUCGGCAAAGCAUUCCGACACUGUCGUAGCAAGGAAGAUCCACUUUAUAUUGGAGCCGUUAAAGCUAAUAUAGGUCAUUUAGAGGGUUGUAGCGGACUUGCGGGAGUUAUAAAGGCAUUAUUGGUACUUGAAAGGGGAAUAAUUCCACCGAUAGCUGAGUUUCAAUCAGUGAACAAGCAGAUAGACACAGAGGCUCUGCAUAUCUGUUUCCCUAGGACACAAUUACAAUGGCCUACGUCCACUCUACGUCGAGCUUGUGUGAACUCGUUUGGUUUCGGAGGCACAAAUGCACUUGUUAUACUUGACGAUGUAUACCACUACCUGGAAGCGAACGGCCUGCAUGGUUUUCAUCAAACUCUGGAAUUAACACCCACAACACUGGGAUUGGUCCGAGGCGAGGUCAAUGGUCGCAACCACAUCAAGUACAGCCAAGAAUGGGUGACUUCAUGCAAUCAUUCGACAGCAUUACUAAAGAGCAACGGUAACAGAUCCGGUAAUGACACGGCUAAGGCUUUUCACUUAUCACCAAAACUAGUCGUAUGGUCGGCCUACGAAGAAACAUGCGCACAGCGGAUGUCCGAGCUUUACAGUAAUUUCAUUCGUGAGGGACAACCAUGUAUAGACGACCUGGCUCACAUACAAGCAGUUAGAAGGAAUCAUUUCCAAUGGAGGAGCUUUAUCGUCACAAGACAGUACGAUAGCACUAAGUUCGAAAUACUCGGGUCAAUAAAGCCAAUAAAGGCAAAUAAAGAGCAGCGCAUUGCAUUUAUCUUUACUGGACAGGGAGCUCAGUACCUUGGUAUGGGUAGAGAACUCACUUCUUUCCAGACUUUCAAAGACAGCCUCAGGGACUCGGAUAUGUGUUUAAAAGGUCUUGGUUGCGCAUGGUCUAUUCAGGAAAAGAUUGAAGAAUCUCACCAUGAUUUUCCUAUUGACAAUCCGGAAUAUAGCCAGCCGCUGACUACCUGUCUCCAAAUUGCCCUUGUAGACCUACUAAAGAGCUUUAGUAUCAUACCAUCUGGUGUCAUUGGCCACUCUUCUGGGGAAAUUGCUGCGGCUUAUGCUGCUGGCGCACUGUCCCGGUCAUCUGCUGUUAGAGUAUCGUAUUAUAGAGGAAUAGUAUCUUCUAAGCUUGCGGCCUUGAGGAAAGACAUGGGAAUGAUGGCUGUGGGUCUUUCAGAAAGCGCGGUACUUGCUUAUCUGGACAGAUUGAGAGAAGUAGAGGGUUCCGUUCAUGUCAAUAUUGCCUGUGUCAACAGUCCCAAAAGUAUUACCUUGAGUGGAGAUAGUACACAACUAACAGCACUCGCUCAAUGGCUCACGAAUGAUUCACUAUUUGCUAGGAAACUGCGUGUUUCCGUGGCUUAUCACUCAGAAUAUAUGGAGACCAUCUCUAGCGAGUAUUACGCUGUGCUAGGACCCCUCGAGAAGGGGCGAAAAUCUAAAUUCAUUCCCAUGCUAUCCACAGUAACGCAAGACAUAGUGACCAUUGAACAUCUUCUUGACCCCAUUUAUUGGGUACAGAAUAUGAAGUCCCCCGUCAACUUCGAAGGCGCAGUUUCAAAACUUUUGGGACAGAGCUCUCAGAAACCACGCAAGGUCUUAGGUGGAGAGAAUGUAGGCAAAAAUCUUUGCUUCACUCAAAUUGUCGAAAUUGGCCCACACAAUACGCUCCAGGGACCUAUUCGCGACAUUAUAUCGGAUAUCAAAACACAGAAAUCAAAGCCUACAUACGUGCCUUCUCUCGUUCGAGGUCAGGAUGCGUCCGUAGCCCUUUUAUGCGCUGUAGGAAUGCUGCAAAGCUCUGGGUAUCCGGUCAAUUUGGUCGCAGUUAACAACAGCGAAUUGACAGACAGAAAGUGUCGUAUGCCAUCGAAUAUGCCAAAAUACCCUUUCAACCACAAAAGUUCGUACUGGAAAGAAGGUCGACUAAGUAAGAACUUUCGAUUUCCUUCUUUUGCCCGAGACGACCUUCUGGGAACACGCAGCCUCGACUGGAACCCUAAGAUGGCCCAAUGGCGAAACGUUAUGCGACUCUCUGAAGUGCCAUGGCUAGAAGACCACCAAGUACAAGGAGAAAUUCUGUUCCCAGCCGCAGGUAUGGUGGUCAUGGCCAUAGAAGGGCUUAAGCAGUUAGUCGACCAAACGGCUUACGUUCAAGGAGUCCAGAUAAAAGAUAUACACUUUCUUCAUCCUAUUGCGUUUCCAAGAGAAAGUGAUAAGGUCGAAACUCAGCUGAAUAUAUUGACAGAGACAUCUUCUAUCAGUAACUCUGCUUCUUGGUCUUACUUUCGUCUUUUUGUGAUAGAGAGUGACAAAUACAUGGAAUGCUGCAGCGGCUAUAUUCGGCCUGUUUUUGAUGAAAAGAACCGGAGAUACGCUCUGUGUGGUUUGUUUUCUCUAGAUGAUGAACCACUCGCAGAGUGGCUGUCGAAUACUUUUGAUGCUUGUCGAGAACUAGCAGAUCCUUACUCGGUAGAAACUACCGUAAAAUAUGGGCCAUGCUUCCAAAGCUUGAGUAACGUGUAUCUUGGUCCUAAAGGAGAAGCGAUCGCGGAGAUAAACACCAGAUCGUGGACGUCAAAGAGUGCCAAUUCGUUCCAUCAAGCCUAUGCUAUACAUCCAUCUACAAUUGAUGGAUUAGCACAACUAAUGGCACCGACAAUUGCCAAGGGUUAUAUUGUUCAACAAACAAUGGUACCUGUCCAUGUCUCCAAUAUAUGGAUCGACUUUAUGGGCUUCCAAUCACUUGAGGGAGCGAAGAUUCACGGGGCUGCGAGAUGUAAACUACGAGGGUAUCGUGGAGCAACUGGAAAUAUUGUUGCGACCCCCAUAGGUUCUUCCGCUCCCCUCAUAAUUCUCGAGGGCCUUGAUACUAGCUUCAUCACGGCUGCUAGUCCCUCGAAUAUCAAGCACUCUCAACCGCGCAACCUUUGCACGCAAUUAGUCUGGAAACCAGAUAUCGACAUGAUGAGCAACCAACAGAUAACUCAUUGGUGUACUAUCAACAGACCAACAGGGGCAACAAAUGAAAUAUGCAAUUACGAGCGCUUAAAUACCGUCAUCCUUUUAUUCAUACUUGAAGCCCUUGAUGUUAUGGAUCAUUCAGCCUCGUCAGUAGUCCCACAUCUAGAAAUCUAUCUCGAAUGGAUGAAGUACCAACGCGAUUGUCUCAGCAAUGACGACCUACGAGCAGCUUUGGAACUGCUCCAAGAUCGUGAUAGACGCAAUCAGCUUACUGUCCAAGUCGGAAACUCUGGAGUUGAGGGAGUUUUCUUCAUACAAAUCGGACAGGUACUGUCAAAAGUACUUCGUGGGGAAGUAAAUCCUCUCAAUAUAAUAUUUAAUGACGGUCUAGCCGAUCGUUACUAUGAGGAAAUGCUUUCAAGUGAUUACUAUACUCAUCCGUCAUCAGCCUUUAUUGAACUACUUUGUUUUAAAAACCCUUCAAUGAAGAUCUUAGAAGUGGGUGCCGGAACUGGGGGUCAAACUUUGCCUAUUCUCAAGGCGAUGACUACAGAUAAAACAAAAAUGUGGUCUCGAUAUGAUUACACUGAUAUAUCACCAGCGUUCUUUGCCCAGGCAAGAACCAAGUUUCAUGAGUAUAUCGAUCAGAUGGAGUUUCGUGUUUGUGAUAUAUCCAAGGAUCCUGCUUCCCAAUCAUUCGAGACAGAAAGCUAUGAUCUUGUGAUUGCAUCACAUGUACUUCAUGCCACAAGUGAUCUCGACCAGACACUGCAUAAUAUUCGAAGACUUCUGAAGCCUUCAGGAACACUCCUAAUGUUUGAGACUACUCGACCGGAAGUCCUUCAUAUUGGAUUUGCAUUUGGUCUGCUGAAAGGAUGGUGGAGUCCACUUUCUCACGAAUCUCGAUCCCAAUACAGCCCAUGCUUGACAACAGAGCAAUGGGACAAUCGUUUGAAAAGAGCAGGCUUCCUCGGUACUGAAGUAGCCAUCCCAAACCAGGAAAAUCUACAAUGCCGCUACAGUAGCACCAUUAUCUCCAAAAAGGCCGAGCCUAACGUUCAACAACAACUAACUUCCGAGGACGAGGAUAUUGCGAUUGUGGUGGAUACCCAGGUACCAGGCCAGUUAGAUAUUGCGAGACUAUUGGAGGUUCAACAUGCUAGAUGUAAAAUCUACACAUUAGCUGAAUGUGCUGUAGCUGAUAUACCUGCCUCUGCUCUAAACUUGUUUCUAGUCGAGCUAGAUGCCAUUUUCCUCGAUGGUAUCAGCAAAACAGACUAUCGGUAUCUACAAGGAAUUUUGAAUAACACAUCGAAGACAUUAUGGGUCACUAGAAGCCCGUCUGAUUGUUUUGAGCCAAGACAUCACUUGGUUGAUGGGUUAGGUCGGACAUUGGCCUCCGAGAGCUUUAAGCGUAAAUUUGUUACACUUUCCUUGGACAGCAAAUUUGAUUACGAGGUACAACGUAUCGCGAGUCUCAUUUCUGAUCUUAUCGUCAAAAUCACUAAUUUUGCAGUUGCGGACUUAGAAAACAAUUAUAUGAGUAAGGAUGGAACAUUGCAGAUUGGUCGUGUUCGUGAAUAUAGAUCUAUGAAUGAUAAAAUUGCACGCCACACUCUACCACGCCAGAUGAAGCAACUCAAUAUUGAGACCGGCAUACGAAUCUCACUGGACUUGGAGAAUCCAGGUCAAUUAGAGACACUACAGUGGAUUUCUAAUGACAACGAAUCAGCUUCAAAGCCGCUAGACCAGGACGAAGUUUUGGUUGAGGUAAGGGCUCUAGGGUUAACCCUACGAGAUUAUCUACUUGUCAGUGGCCAGCUCAACAAUUCAGGGGGGUUUGUAACAGAAUGUGCCGGAAUAGUUCUAAAAGUAGGUGACAAAUCUGGUCUUUAUCCUGGAGAUCGUGUGUGUGUCAUUGGCCAAUCGUUAGGUUGCUCUGUGCUGCGCUUAAAAACAGGAGCUGUUGCAAAAAUACCACAACAAAUAAGCUUUGCAGAAGGUGCUGCGUUACCUACUUCACUUUGGCUAGCUUAUCAUGGCUUAGUUGAAAUAUCAAGAGUACAGAAAGGAGAAUCGGUACUGAUCAUUCAAGCUUCGAGCAGUUUGGGGCAGAUGGCACUUCAAAUAGCUAAAAGCCUAGGUGCAGAACCGCUCGCUAUGGACAGUUCGGCUUCAAAGAAGAUUCUCCUUGAAAGUUUUGAUCUCCUAGAGACGAACUUUCUCUGCGAUGAUGACUCGAGCAUCUCUCUCAAAGACAGCAUAUAUCGAGCUACCCAUGGAAAGGGCGUCGAUGUCAUUAUAGGACCAAUCGUGGAGAAUUUGGACGUGAAUUAUUCUGACCUCAUUGCACCAUUCGGCAGACUCAUAGAUGUGGGGAUCAAGGGUGAGCAGCGAUCACUUAUAAAGCCAUACAGAUAUACGAUUACCAAUUCAUUACAGGCAUCAAUAGACAUGGUUGACCUUCUCAAUAAGAACCCAAAUUUAGCCUAUAAUUCAUAUAGAAAAGCGACAAAGUUCUGUUUCGAGCAACAUCUGAAGCCACCGCAGUCACUUCAAAUAUUUCAGGCUCAUGAAAUUGCAGCUGCUUUUCGACACUUCGAAAACCGAAGUAUGGCGGAAAAAAGAGUUGUCCAACUACUUCCCGGUUCUGUUAUACAAGUGAAUGUUGAGACAAAACCAGAAUAUCAAUUUCCAGCAAACGCAACAUAUGUCAUAGCAGGAGGACUAGGAGGGCUCGGUAGAAGCUCUGCGAGAUGGAUGGUUAACCGAGGUGCUCGCAAUAUGAUCCUCCUUUCACGCUCAGGUGUCAAUGGCAAGAAGGCGGCACAAACUCUCGUGAGCGAACUCGAGGGCCAAGGAGCUUGCGUAGCUACCCCGAUCGUUGAUGUUGGCGAUUUAAGUAGUCUACAGAAAGUGCUGAGCCAGGUCUCAAAAGAAAUGCCUCCAAUUCGAGGCUGCAUCCAAGCAACUGUGGCAUUAAGGGAUAAUUUAUUCGAAAAGAUGUCGUAUGAAGACUGGAAUAUCAGUACACGCUCGAAAGUGACAGCGUCGUGGAAUCUCCACAAAGUGCUACCUUUAGACCUCGAUUUUUUGGUGCUAUUCUCUUCCAUCAACGGCAUUUUUGGUGGUCGCGCACAGGCAAAUUAUGCUGCGGGUAACACUUUCAAAGAUGCGCUCGCUCAUUAUAGAGUAGCGCUGGGGCAGAAAGCAGUGUCAAUCGACCUAGGAAUGAUGGUGGAUGAGGGUGUAGUCGCAGAGAAUGAGUCUGUGCUUAAUUUCAUGCGUCGUAUCGGUCAUUUGAUGGACAUUCAGGAGGAGGAGCUUCUCGGAUUGUUAGACUACUACUGUGAUCCCAAACUGCCUGUUUUAUCUGCCGAUCAGGCUCAGAUUUUAGUCGGUAUUGAAAUGCCCUCGGCAGUUCUGGCGAAAGGUAUUGAUCUCCAUCACUCUAUAUUUCGACCAAUGUUCCGCCAAUUAUUCCGAGUUGUUCCAGAAGGUUCGAAUGAAAAAGGGCAAUUGCAGAAUGGCGCCAUGGUAAUCCUUGAUCGCGAAGGUCUCUUGAGAAAGGCAGCAUCCUUCCAAGAUGCAAUCACUUUGGUUGCCGAGUGGUUCUCAGGAAAGAUUGGUCAAAUCCUAGGACUGGCUGUCUCAGAUAUUGAUACGAGUAAACCAAUCCACACCUAUGGCAUUGACUCGCUAAUUGCGAUUGACUUAAAAAACUGGCUGGCAAAGGAGAUAGGUGCAGAUAUUGCAGUAUUUAUUUUGCUGGGCAAUACAUCAAUCGAGGGUCUAAGUAGAAUGGCAGUUGAGAAAAGCCGGUAUCGCGCAUGA